UAAUAUUUUCAUUUACAGAAUAAUGAAUAUAAAAAAAAGACAUUAUUAAAACAUGGUGUUAAAUGAUGCAAGUCAACAAGCUCUGUUAAAAACAUGUACCAAAGAUUCAUUUUACAUCAAUAUCUUAAGAAAUCAAGUUCAUGGCUUGUGUCAGAAUAUUUUAGGCGACCAAAUCUGGAUUCUAUGGCAAAAGGAAAUUGAAGUAAUCGCUGAUUUUGUUUACUUCUUCUUGACAACUGUCAGAGGUUCACAAACACUUGGUGAGGAAUAUGUCUGCACUAUACAAGUAGAUGCGACAAAAAGAAAAAUACCUUCUAAAUUGCAACGCCUACUUCAAGUUUUACUGCAUUGCACGUCACCAUACUGUAUUGAGAAGUUGCUCCAACAUUUUGAACACAACACUUUGCAACUAGAAGGUCUUGCAUCUUCACAUAAAAUUAAACUGGUUGUUUUAUUUCGUUUUCUUUUCAAGAUUAUUCCAGUAUUUCAUCACGCACAUCUUAUUCUCUUCUACAUACAAGGUGUUUAUGUAAAUCUAUCAAAAAGAAUUGCUGGAGUAAAACAUAUCAUAAUUCGUCCUCGCGAUGACACAGAGCAUGACGCAGGAACAUUUCGUUGGUUAGCGAUACUAGGUGGAACCCAAAUUUUCUGCAAGCUAAUAUCACUUAUUCUGGAAGCGAGAAAGGAAAUGCUGAAUAAAACAGAAACGGAACUAAGUAUUGUUGAUUCAUCCGCAGUAGAAGCGACGGAAACAAACAAAUGUAUGCUUUGCUUGGAUGUUGUUCGGGAUAUUACAACGACCGUGUGUGGUCACAUGUUUUGUUGGAAGUGCCUUAUUGAUUGGUGCUCUGUCAAGUCUGAAUGUCCGGCAUGUCGAGAGAUCUGUCCGCCAUCCCGAGUGGUGCGGUUACAUCACUAUUAUCCGACAUAACCUCAAGUUUACAAUCAUUGAAGAUAAAGUCACGAUAGCAAGGCGUGUUUUGGUCAAACGAAAGCGUGAUUGAAUCGUGUUCAUGCCGCCGAAUCAUUUCAGACUAACCACCAUAUAGUUCAUGUAAAAAUUCGGAGUCAUCAAAGCCUCUGGAGUAUAUUCUUAUAAAAGGUUAAGAUUAAGCGAAGCAAAUCGAUUGUCUCGUUUAUUCCAUUCGACUAUCUGUAUAUGUCAUUAAUUCAAAUGAAAAGUUCGUUUUUAACUUUCAUGUCUAGUUUUAUUUUUCAAUUUUUUUUGUACCUGAUCACGUCCAACACGGUACAAUAUAGUAAAAUCGAGAAAUUUAACGAAAUACUAGGGCGGGAAAGAAGAAGAGAAAGGUAUAAGAGGGUAUCUGCGUUUCUAUUGAACUCUAAUGUUUUAUCAAAAACAACAAAGUUUAUCUUUGAAUGAACAGUUUUAGGAAGUUUUGUGUGGUUUCGUGGCGUUUGAAAACCGUUAGAGAAACUUGGCAACGGUUUAACAGUUCUUUUGUUUCCCUUUCUCAUUCAACUUACAAUUUUUUUUUAUUUAUUUAUUUUUUGCAAUCGAUUGUAAUAUUCAGGCAUGCGCAGAAGCUUUCUUAUAUAAACCAGUGAAAAUAUUUUUGU